GAGGAUCCCCCAUCCACUUUCUACAAUGAAUUGAGAGUUGCUCCAGAAGAACAUCCAGUCUUGUUGACUGAAGCUCCUUUGAAUCCAAAGGCCAACAGAGAAAAGAUGACUCAAAUCAUGUUUGAAACCUUCUCAGUUCCAGCAAUGUAUGUUGCUAUUCAAGCUGUCUUGUCCUUGUAUGCUUCUGGUAGAACUACUGGUAUUGUUUUGGACUCUGGUGAUGGUGUCUCUCACACUGUUCCAAUUUAUGAAGGUUAUGCUUUGCCACACGCCAUUUUGAGAUUGGAUUUGGCUGGUCGUGACUUGACUGAUUAUUUGAUGAAGAUUUUGAUGGAAAGAGGUUACUCAUUCAAUACUACUGCUGAAAGAGAAAUUGUCAGAGAUAUUAAGGAAAAGCUCUGUUAUAUUGCUUUGGACUUUGAAGCUGAAAUGAAGGUUGCUGCUGAAUCAUCCUCUGUUGAAAAGUCAUACGAAUUGCCAGAUGGUAAUGUCAUUACUGUUGGUAAUGAAAGAUUCAGAUGUCCAGAAGUCUUGUUCCAACCUAAUUUCAUUGGUAUGGAAGCUGCUGGUGUUCAUGAAACUACUUUCAAUUCAAUUGGUAAAUGUGAUAUUGAUAUCAGAAAGGACUUGUAUGGUAACGUUGUCUUGUCUGGUGGUACUACUAUGUUCGAAGGUAUUGCUGAAAGAAUGACCAAGGAAUUGACUGCUAUGGCUCCUGCCUCAAUGAAGAUUAAGGUUGUUGCUCCACCAGAAAGAAAGUACUCUGUCUGGAUUGGUGGUUCCAUCUUAGCGAGCCUUUCGACCUUUCAGCAGAUGUGGAUAACAAAAGAGGAAUACGAAGAUGCCGGUCCAGGUAUUGUCCACAGAAAGUGUUUCUAAUUAUUUUAUUCGAAACAUGUUAAUAUUUAGAUUGAGUGUAGUUCAAUAACUACAAUCAAGUUUGAUGAUAUUUCUUUUUAUUAAGAAGUUCUUUGCGAGUUUGUAAAUGUAAAAUAAUAAUUGAUUUAUUAAUUG